AUGAGCGCGGAGGAGGGGCUGAGCCCGAUGGACCAGCCUUUGGGCGCCCACAGCAAAACCGCCUUCGCCGCCUGCUUCUCGUUCCUCCGCGCGCGCGACUUUUGGCUGCUCCUGCAGUUCGCCCUGCGGCUCUCGCUGCUUGGGGUGCUCCUGCCCUCGCUGGUGCUGCACUUUCUUCCCACCAUGCAGGGGUUUUUUACCCUGACCUACGUCCUGUCCGGGGUCUUGAUCUCCGCCAGCAUGAGCGUCGGGCAGAUGAACUCGUUUAUGCUGCAGUACGCCAAGGCCUCGCUGAUGUGGCUCCCGCUUUCCCUCUUGUGCGUGGCCGUCAAGCUCAAUCGAAGCCCCUUGGCGUGGUUUGUGGUCUACGUCGUGUUGAUCUUCUUGCUCGCCUUUUUAAACGUGGAUACGACGCGGCGGGUGAGUUUGCUGCUCGUGAACGUCGCCCUGGUGACGUUGUUGGGGGGGAAUGAAUCCAUCUUUCAGCCCUUUGUCAUCCUCGCGAAUUGGGCGACCGGGAUGGCGUGCUCGACCUUGACGAUUAUGCUGCCCUAUCCUAUCCUCGCCGCGCGGGAUGCCGUCCGGACGGUGGAGCGAAUCUUUGAGGAUACCGCGACCUGCUUUGCCGGGAUGCUUUCCUGCUUCUGGGCGGAAAAUAACACCGAGCGGAGUAUGUUUAUGGUUCGCAUUCGCUACCUGGUCCGGUCGAUCGACUUCCUUAUUGAGGAGCUCGAGACGCACAACGACCACAGCUUCUACGAAAUCCUCAUUUUUGACACCUACGAGCGGUAUGAGGUUCGGCAGGAGAAGGCGAAGUUGCUUUGGAAGCUCAAAAUGAACCUGCGGACCUUGGAGCGGGUGAUCAACUCCCUGCAGGAGCGUCCGGAGAUCAUCACCAACUGCGCUCGCUCGUCGAUGUUCAAAAAUCAGCUCUCCAGCCUGAUUAAUGAGGUCAAGAAGACGAUGGGGGAGUUAUUGCGCAAGAUCAGCCGCGCGAAGACCUACGAGGAGCUGCGGAAUGCCCACAGCUUCUUCGAAAACACGGGGAUCUCGAUCAAACGCCUGCAGGAUGAGUUUGAAGGGACCCACAAAACCGCCUUGUACGAAAACGAAGAGGAAAUCUUCUCCGAUACCCAUUGCAUGGAGGAAUUUUUCCCAAACUUCUCUUUUUUUAUCUUCUCCAUUGUUAAUUUUUGGACCGUCCUUGAUAACUUCAACGACAUUGUGAACCGGCACAAAGGAGGGCGAAAUUGGCGGGUGACCCUUCGCUUGGCCUUCACCUCCCUGUUCGACGCGUUGCGGGGGAAUAUCCGGCUCGUGCGCAACCUCCUCAUCGACCACUCCUCCGCGGAGUUUCGUAUUUUUAUUGAGGCCGUCAAAGUGAGCCUGGCGAUGCUGCUUUCCGUUAUUUUUUUCUACAGCGUGAAUGCGAAAAUGCUUUUGUUGUCCGGCCCGACGAUUAUCGCGUUUGUGUCUGGGAUGAACCCGGUGGAGACGGUGCACGCGAGCGGGGCCCGCUUGACCGGAAUUCUCAUCGGCUCCGUCAUCGGCUUUUUUCUCGUGACCCUCUUCACGGAGCUGCUCCAUCGCAUUAUCUCGAUCUGCGUGAUUGUCUUCACCAUGAGUUUUAUGCGGUUGAAUAUCGAAUUCUCCCCCAUCUCCGGCAGCUGCGCGUUUGCCGCCAUGACGCUUCUGAGCUCGCAGUACGAUGGGGCGGACUAUACGAUUAGCCGAAUUCAGCAAAACGCGUUUUCGAUUUUUAUUUAUUGUCUUAUUAGCGUCACGGUCUUCCCGAUGAGCCCAGGGGAGGUGCUUUACGAAAAAAGACUCGAAGCCCUCAAGCUCGCCAGCCAGGCCUUCAAGAAAAUCAUGGGAUUAAUGUACGAGGCCUCCUCUUCCUACAAAGAUGUCACCGAGAAGCGCCUCAAGAUGAAAGAUCAGGAUCCGCUGAGUGAGAAACCCCUCAAAAAUUCCAUGAUACACGUCCAAAACGCCACCAAUGAGCCGUUGGAUCACGUUUUGGUGGACAUCUUACCCAACGAAGCCGGCGGAAUCCAUUCCAUGACUUCCUUUGCCCAACCACCGCUGACUUUGGAGUCGAUUUCGAAAUUUCGCAGAGUGUCGAACGAGGUUGCGACGAAUAGCUUCAUCAUUCCCGUGGAUUUCAACCUGAUUAGCUCCCACGAAGACGCCAAAAAAAGCGACCUUUACCGCUCUCUUAUGCCGCAUGUGUUUUUUAAAGAUCAGGAGGAUACCAAAAUAGUGGAUAUCUUAGAUACCAUCUUUGAGAUGCUCCAUUUGGUGUUAUCCACCAGGUCGAUUAUGCAUUUCGCGGCGAAUGAGUUCAGCAUCUUUCCGAAAAUCUACCCCAACCGCGCGACGUUGGAUGUGCACAACGCGCUCUAUCGUUUGUGUGUGUUGCUCUACACCAUGGCCUGCAGUUGGGAGCGCAUGCGGGCAAAAGGCUACUUCACGGAGGAUAUGAUUCACGUUUUUCACAAUUUAACCCCCCUGGCGAUUGACUUGACGGAGUUUUUCGAGCGAUUUGUCUUUGUGUGCGAUUUGUACGUGCGAAAUCCCUCGCCGGUGCUCUGCUCGGAGCUGAUGAAAGGCAUUUCGCAGUUCCGCGCGAUGUGUUUGGAGAUGAGCGUGCGCACCGAGUACGACCUCCUCGAGGUGAUCCGAAAGGUCAUCUCGGAGAUGAUUCUUGCGAAGUACAAGGCGGGGGGCGGCAAACCCCAUCGAAACGAAUGCAAAUACCUCGUGCAAGGAGGCGGCGAGUUGAAUUCUUUUGUCUUCUCCAACACCGCGACGAACGAGCGGCGUUCGCGGACGCCGGAUCUCGCCAACCCCUCCGACCUCGCGAGCGCGCCGGAAGUCCCGAACGCGACGAUGGUCUUCAAAGCCCUUCACGGGGAGAACAAAGGCGGCAAACCAAACGAGUCCCUUCGCCGCUACGGCGAACGCCCCCAGAACGGGGAUAAGCGAAAAAAAGUCCCCAAACAUACCAAAGAGAAGACCGAUGCCUACGCGGUGGCCUCGUCCUCGACGUACUUUUCCACAAACUCCACCUGCGGGAGCUCCGAGUCGAACUUUAUUCAGUUGGAUAAUAGUUUUGUGAUGCCGACAACGGCGCUGGACUUGGAGGGGCUCCACACCUUCACCCUGACGUUGACGAUGUUCGGCCGCGAACUUCGGAAGGUGUUGUUCGGGCUGGAGGAAAUGCUGCAGAGCCCGUAA